GUCGAAGAGUUUCACUCUGGAGGAGGACAGUGGAGAAGGGAGGACUGGAAAGCGCACAGAAGGACCCCCCACCACCUGCUUGAAACCCAACCCCCUGCGUGGUAUUUACCAACAACCAGGUUUCUGUUUCUGCCAAGUGUUUUUUUUUUUCAGCGGAUCUCGUCUACCUCACCUGACAUUGAGCACUAAAUGCGCAGAGGAGCCGUCAAGCUUGGACCUGGGAUCGAACGUGGAGAAAAAAAGGCAAUAACGAACGCGCAGUGACCAAAAAAAAGCGCACAGGCUGUGGCCGUUGCCUUCCUCAAUGCAUACCCUUUGUGCCCGGGGAACCAUGAAACCAGAGAUCAACGCCGCCGUCGGAUUUCUGUCGAGAUUUCUGCGGGUAAAAGGACACGUAAACGAUCGGCAGGUCCAAACGUUCAGCCAGAGCCUCCACGACAUUUUGUCAGAACAAUACAAGCACCACUGGUUCCCAGACCGUCCCUGCAAAGGCUCAGGUUACCGCUGCAUCCGCAUCAACCACAAGAUGGACCCGUUGGUGGGGCAGGCGGGCCAGCGCAUCGGCCUGACCAUCCAGCAACUCUACCUUCUGCUGCCCAGUGAGCUCACACUGUGGGUGGACCCCUUCGAGGUGUCCUAUCGCAUCGGCGAGGACGGAUCCAUCUGCGUCCUGUACGAGUCGCAGCCCAUUCCGGCGGCCAUGCCGGGAACGGUCGCGGCCAGCUCGCCCUCGGGAAGCGGCAAUUCGGUGAGCAAUAUGGUGGACAGUCACAUCAGCUGCAAGGAGGAACUGAUGGUGCUGGGCAGAACCAGUCCCUCCAAAGCCUACAACAUGAUGACUGUGUCCAGUUAAAGGGGGCGUGCAGUCGGCCGGGCCUACUUCUCAUUCAGGGUCAUACCUUGGCCGGUUGGAUGAAUUUGACCGGAUCAGGGCGAGCCUUUUUAAAAGCUAAGAAUAUGAAAUGAAAUAGUAAAGAGGAAAAAAAAGCAAAAGAAAAAGCAGAGGAUCCCUAUCAUCCAGGUGAUGGAAACCUUGUAGGAUCGAUAACCCCCACCCUCACCCCCAUUAUCAUCUAUUUUGUUAUGUCAUUGGAUCAGCUGGGUACUCCAUUUUUAGGAGAAGCUUUGUGGAGAUGGAACUGUUGGGGCAGCUACACCACCCGAUCAGGACUUCCCCCCCUAACCCCUCGACUUUAAACGUGAUGAUCAGCUUCAACCCUGAAGGGGCUGUCAGCAUUGACUUUGCACUUUUUUAACUUGUGGUUACUAUGGGUACAUGCUAAAUACACCACAGCAACAAAAAAACGCCAAAAUGUACGGAAUCCCCCCUUGAUAUUCAAAGUUUUGAGGAUGUUUAGUUGAGGAGGAAGUUGAGGGUUUAGCCAGUCGUGGUAAAGAUGGUGUCUAUUUUUUUGUCAAAUUUGCUUUUGGACCACAUGAAAUCUUUACCACUUAGAGACUGGUUCUAGCACCCUCCAUGUCCCCGUCAGUUCAACUCUAGGCCUGUUUGUUAGUGCAAACGUUAGCGACACCUGUUACCUAUGGAUACCAGCGUGUCUGCCGUACCCCCCACAUCGACCAUGUAGCUUUCAGGGGGAGGGUAAGAGACCCCCUUCCCUCAAUAUAAUGAAUGUUGUUGAAAUCCACAAUCAAGUUGCCCCCCCUUUUCCUUCACCACCCAUCUCCUGUUUUUCGCCAAUAUUCAAAGUGUAGCAAAGAGGGAGGAGCCAAUUCAAUCCAAAUUUGUUAGAAUUGACAUUGAAUGCACUUUGACGUUAGAUUGUGUGGGAUGUGUACUUUUUAUUUUGGAGCAAAUUGCCUGCAUUCCAUCCAUUCGAAUGUCAUCUUUUUCAUCAUUUUUGCCCUCCUCAUUUGUUUUUGUUCAUACUGUAGCUCCCGUGUUGCGAUAGACGGCUGUUUAUCAAAUCAGGAGCGUGCGACUCUGGAUUCAAGCAUUUUUUUUUAAAACACUGUAUUUGUGAACAUUUCAGAGCUUUUGAUUUGAGGCUACGUUCACACUUGUGGUUUAGUACUCUGGUCCGGACCGGAUAAUCGGUGCACACUUUGGGGUAGUUACAUUAGCUUAGCGUUCACACUGGUAUUUUUGUCAUGGGACCAAAGGUGCGGUUAAUAACUUGAUUGAGCAGUCUUCGUGACAUAUUACAUGACUUUAACUCAAAUAUUCCAAACCAAAUCAACACAGGUUGUUCUUUAUGUUGAGCAACUGAUUUAGAUUUCCCCAAAAGCUUCUAAAAUAGACCAACAUUUUCACAUUAGGAUGGAUAUAGAGCACUUCCGACAUAUUUUCACUUACAAAUUAGUCAUUUCUACGUGUGUUAGGCUCGUCAGAGUCACGUUCAGAUCAAGUGAACCGAACCACACUUGCAAUCAGACCAAGAACCAUCUCUUCAGUGUACACCAAGGUUUUGAAUGAUGUGUUCACAUCUGACUGGACGAACCGCACUAGCAGAGCAAAGGCACCAGAGUUAGUUUCUAACCGAACCAAAGUGUGAACGCACCCUCAGACGGCUUGCUGGGUGGUAUGCGAGAAGUAGUCACAUUCAUCCGUCACUGCUCAUGAAGUUGACAGAGGUUUAUCCCCCAAAGGGUCUGGACUAGGUGAAUGGCUGUGUGAGGCACAGAGCACUGACUGUUUCGACAUUCAAUGUAACUUGAAUUUGUAAAGCAACACACCGGGCCUCGUCAGCCUUUUAUGUCACGUCCAUCUCCAAGGUCUUCUAAAAGGAAAACUCCUUUUUCAAGCCUUGGAGGUGCAAUGCCUUACCUCUCGUCAUGAAUUAUGAGCCAUUUGUGAUUUCAAAAGUGACACCGCACCGCAUGGUGGUCUCUCUACUGCCCGCACAGACCAGCCUGGCAGCUUCGCCCAAGCCCUCGUCCGAGUUUGGAGUGCCUCAAGUGCCACAUAUCACCCCCCUCAGCUCAGACCCUCAAAGCCAGCACACACUGCUAGCCAGACCUGCCACCCUCUCAUGGAUGCAGGAAGACUUAAUGUGACACAUAUCAUCAUCCAUCACCCGUGGGGGAAGGGAGGCCGGAUGGUGGGGUGUUGUUUUGUGAUAGAGGAGGGGGGUCAGGGCCAGGGCCGGACUCUUGUCCAGGGCAGCUAAAAUUCCUCCGGCCCUCCCCGCUCCAGACUUAUUCAGCAUCCCGAACAGGAAGCCUUCCGCCGUCCCUCAGCGGUGAUGGACAAAUAAACCAGCACGCACGCACACGUAAACGGGGAGCUCGCGCUGCACUCAAAGUGGGAGCAGGGGGCGGGGGCCGGGGGAGUGUUCUAGAAACUCAAAAAAAGGAAGGAAGAUGAAUAAUUGAGGGUACCAUACUGUUGUCUAGUUUUCAUCUCACUGGAUUGCGCUGCAUUUAAUUACUGAGUAGCAUCUUUGUUUACAUGCCUAUGAAAGGAUGUGAUGGCUGACCACCCCGACCCCGGGGCCAGGCUCUGGGGGCAGAUGCUGUGGGCGGCUACAGGCUGUAGCUGCCAGCCAGGUCUGUCGGUUGCUGGUCCGGGUGUUGAAAGCUCUCCUAAGCUCUCCUAUGGGUAAUGGAGCUAUAGCCUUUGACGCACUGCACCCCCCCCGUCACUAGCUGCAAAUACACCCUGAUUCUAAGUGCGGUUGGGACGGGCGUUUUAGUGUCCACUUGUUUUUCCAUCACAUUGCCUUUCCACUUUGCCACAACGUUAUGAGACGUCUCAGUCCGGUUGUAUUUUAUGGUCACACUGGUAGUUUUUUUCCCUCCCUGCCGCAUCUUCUCCUCUUCCGAAUUGGUAAUCUGCAACUCUAUGACUUUAAACAGACCCCAGAAUUGACAACAAAAAAAAAAAAACAAAAAACACCAAAUCCCCUUUGACGCCUUCUCAACGCCUAUACCAUCACCAACUGAAAAAAUGGCUUACGUCCUCAGUACGUUUUAAAUGGCAUCCAUUCACGCUUGUGCGCACAUAGCUAAAGGAGUGCUUUGAGUCUGAAAAAAAAAAAGUCAGAGGUAAAAUAGCACAUAAAAUGCACUAAAAUGUCAAGUUUUUCUUCUGGAGACACGAGGAGUCUCUCCUGGAAUGUAUUGCCAAACUCAGGCCUGGGACAUUCAAUAAUAAAGACUUACUGAAAGCUUGUUAAGUGUGUUAAGACGUGACACAGGAAGGGAACAGCGGUUUUGUUGUUGUUGUCGUCAAUAUUGUCAUCGACUAGUUGAAUUAUUGCCACUUUCACAUACGAUGGUGUUUUACAUAUUGUAGAAUGUAUUGUAACUGUACAAGCAAUGGUAGAGUGCAUAACAGUACACAUGGGAAGUGCCAAUAAUUGCUAUCCUAGAGGUGUUUUUUCCUUUUUUGUACGUCAUCUUUUAACAUGGGUAACACUUUUUUUGUAAGUGAAGCCAUUUUUUUGAAGGGAGUGUUGGCAAGGACCAAAGUUGUUUUGGUUACAAAAAAUUAGCUUCCAUGAUCUGUAAUCAUAGAUGUAUCCUUUUUUUUUAAUUUGUUUUUUUCUUUUUUUCUCCUUUUUUCUAUUUACUUACAAAAGCAGAAAAUAGACAAAAAAAUCUGAGCUUACCCAAGAAGAAAAGCUUGUGAUCUCAUGUUAUCGUGUUGAGUUCCUUUUUUUUCUCCCCUUGGCUAUGUUGUGAUGAACUGCUGUAAAUUUGUACAGUUCAUGUAAAUUGAUUGUGCGGAAGUUGUACAGAUUUCUAUAUUUUGGAAGAAAAAGGUUUUUUUCUCUGUAAUAAAAGAUUUCCUAUCUUGGCAUCAUAA